AUGUGUGAGCAUAAUUUAUAUAUUUUUGCAAUAUCUGUUCCUAUUUCUCUUCAUUCGCAAGCCACGUUUGUUGUUAAGUUUAAUGGACUAAAUUUCUCUGAAUGGUCUGAACAAGUUCAAUUUCACCUCAAUGUUCUGGAUCUUGAUUUGACACUCUUAAGUGAGAAACCAGCUGCAGUUACUACUACUAGCAGAGCUGAACAAAGACCUUCCUAUAAAGCUUGGGAAAGACCUAAUAGACUGAGCUUAAUGUUUAUGCGAAUGACUGUAGCAAACAAUAUCAAGUCCACAAUUAAGAAAAUUGAAAGUGCUAAGGAAUUUAUGAAGUUUUUGGAAGAAUCCUCCCAGUCUGAGUUUGUUGAUAAGUCAAUCCCUGGGACAUUAAUCGAUACUUUAACCACCAUUAAGUUUGAUGGUUCUCGUACUAUGCAUGAGCAUAUCAUUGAAAUGACGAAUAUGGAAACAAGAUUAAAGACCAUGGGUGAAUGA